ACGGUAGAAACAGAUGGAUAGCCCCUGUCAUCUAUUGAGCAUCUCAACAAUGGCUUCUAUCCCCUUCUGUACUGCCCACCAAACCAUUUCUUCCAAACCCCUCGCUUCCCCUGUCUCCUUCGCAAAAUUGGAUUCUCGGUUUCUCGCUUUUACAACCAAAGUCGGUUCCCUCAAACUCACCUCUGGAAUUGGACCCUCCAAUGGCUCCAGAGCCAGGUGCUGGUUCAAAUUCGGUAAAAACGGCGUCGAUGCUGAAGGAGCUGGAAUUUAUGGCAGCCAAUCCCGCGAUGAUUUCGAUAAAGAUGACGUUGAACAAUACUUCAACUACAUGGGCAUGCUUGCUGUUGAGGGAUCAUACUCUAAAAUGGAGGCUCUUUUAAGUCAGGACAUCCACCCAGUGGAUAUCUUGCUUAUGCUAGCUGCCUCGGAGGGUGACAAGCCGAAACUGGAGGAACUCUUAAGAGCUGGAGCCAAGUAUGAUGUCAAAGAUGCAGAAGGACGAACGGCGCUUGAUAGGGCCAACGAUGAAAUAAGAGAUUUCAUUCUUAGUUUUUCAGUCCAGAAGGCAUGAAUAGCUUGUUCUCUGUGUCACAUAGCUAUUUAUAUUGUGUCAUUCCAACUUUGCUAUAUAACUUUGUAUCAUUGAACCCAAUCAUUAAUUAGUCUACAAGUUAUGAGGA